CCAACUCGCCAAAAUGGAGAACGACAAGGGAGAGAUCGUCGAUCUCUACGUGCCCCGCAAGUGCAGCGCCACCAACCGCAUCAUCAAGGCCAACGACCACGCCUCCGUGCAGAUCUCCAUCGCCAAGGUUGACGAGAACGGCCGCUACACCGGCGAGAACCAGACCUACGCUCUGUGCGGUUUCAUCCGCGCCCGUGGUGAGAGCGAUGACUCCCUGAACCGCCUCACCCAGCGUGACGGCUACCUCAAGAACGUCUGGACCGCCAGCCGUCAGCGCUAAGCGGACGGUUUGUCACUGGGCGGUGUUUCCAAUUUUUAUGGGUUUUUUGAUGUCGGGUAUUUGGUGAUGGAUGAGAUGUUAUGGUCAACAUCAUGAUAUAUCUUAUAUCCAAAAAAAGAACUUGAAUGAAAGAAAAACUUCAAUAAAAAUUCACACCCGCCCCUUUAUACCCGGCAACACAACCGUCCCUCCUCACUUGUCUGCCUGCCUCUUAUCGCCUGUUCCUCUUCUUAGAGCCAGUCACAUGUAGAACUU